GGCCGGGAGUGGCAGCCCCAGCCCCGACUCCGGCUCUGACGUCAGCCCCGUGCUCCAAAUAACUUCCCCCGGAGCCGCUUCCGCCGCUGCCGCACGUCCCGGAGCCCGGCCCGCCGCGCCCAGGGCAGGGGCGCCCGCAGACGCUCUUCCCCGCCAGGCCUUCCCAGAAGCCGCUUCCGCCCCGCCCGCCCUGGCCCGAGGGUGCCAGGAAGACCCCCGCCCACCGCCCGCACGGCAGGAGGGUGCAGCCCCGGAGAGGGGACGGGGGUCGGGGCCACUCUGGGGCGCGUCUCGCCCCGGGAAAGCACCCGUGAGCGCUGGCUGGGGUCAGCUAGGGAGGGAUACUUCUCCCACGUCCCGAUUCCCCACCCGCUUUGUUCCACACGCGCGCGGUGACCUGGACUUUUCCGCGUCCCCUUCCCUGUAAGCAUAAGCCACAGGCCUGGACUGUUUUGUUCACUGAGGCCCUGAUACGAAGUAGGUGCUCAACAAAUCAAUGGCUGAACAAAUGAAUGAAUGAAUCAGGGAAGGUCUGGAAGGCAGACUGUUGUCAGCUUAUGUGGGGCCCGUGGUCAGCUGGGGGUGUCUGGUCAGUUAUGGUUGGAAUCCCAGGCCACAAGCAACCAAAUGGGGCAGACACACCCUGGCCCCAAGACCCUAAGGUAUUCUAGGGUGAGGGGUCUGGUCCCUUGUGGUUCAGGGGCCGGUCUGGAGGAGAUUGCGUUCCGGGGCACCUCCUUCCGGAGAGGAGCUGGAUGGGCCGGGCCGACAGGUCAGGCGGCAUAGCCAAGCUGACACUCACCUCCAGCAUAAAACCCCACUUCAUGGAGCCCUGCACCUUGAGCUGGUGCUCACGGACCUCCCAUCGCCACUGCCCCCUGCACCUGGUGCCCCAGCCAGGCUGAGAGGAUGAGGCGGCUGCCAGCCGUGGCCCUGCUCCUGCUGCCGCUGUGGUUUGGGACUCAGGGGGCCGAGGCGUCAAGCGUCUGCGGGCGUCCGAGGAUGCUGAACCGGAUGGUGGGUGGCCAGGACGCCCUGGAGGGCGAGUGGCCCUGGCAGGUCAGCAUCCAGCGCAACGGAAGCCACUUCUGCGGGGGCAGCCUCAUCACAGAGCGCUGGGUCCUCACCGCGGCGCACUGCUUUUCCAACGCCUCUGAGACAUCCCUGUACCGGGUCCUGCUUGGGGUGCGGCAACUGGUGAAGCCAGGGCCCCACGCCGUGUACGCCCGGGUGAAGCGGGUAGAGAGUAACCCCCUGUACCAGGGCAUGGCCUCCAGUGCUGACGUGGCCCUGGUGGAGCUGGAAGCACCUGUGACCUUCUCCAAUUAUAUCCUCCCCGUGUGCAUGCCUGACCCCUCGGUCGUCUUUGAGGCGGGCAUGAACUGCUGGGUCACUGGUUGGGGCAGCCCCAGUGAGGAAGACCGCCUGCCCAACCCGCGGGUCCUGCAGAAACUCGCUGUGCCCAUCAUCGACACACCCACGUGCAACUUGCUCUAUAGCAAAGAUGCCGAGUCGGGCUUCCAGCCCAAAACCAUCAAGGACGACAUGUUGUGUGCUGGCUUUGCCGAGGGCAAGAAGGACGCCUGCAAGGGCGACUCGGGCGGCCCGCUCGUGUGCCUAGUGGCCCAGUCAUGGCUGCAGGCUGGGGUGAUCAGUUGGGGCGAGGGCUGCGCCCGCCGGAACCGCCCAGGUGUCUACAUCCGGGUCACCUCCCACUACGACUGGAUCCAUCGGAUCAUUCCAGAAUUACAGUUCCAACAGGCUAGGUCGGGUGGCCAGAAGCGGGGGCCCCGGGACCAGCAGCCCCUCGCUCUGAACUCUGCGCCCUGCCUGGCGGCCCAUGUGGCCCUCUUGGUCCUUGUGGCCCUGCUCACCCUCCUCUGAGCCCUGGGGCCCAUGGUGUACGUUUGUAAAUAGCGCUCCCGUUCUUUCCAAUACCCGGUUAUUUUUUAUUUAUGUUCAUCCUCCAAUAAAAACAAAACCCAACCUCA